AAUGAUCCCACACCGUUUCACAUUAAAGCAGAAGUGACAAUGAAAACAAACUUUUUUGGUACCCGAGACGUCAGCACGGAGCUACUGCCUCUCGUGAAACCCCAAGGCAGAGUGGUGAAUGUGUCCAGCAUGGAGAGUCUCAGGGCUCUGAAAAACUGCAGCCCGGAGCUGCAGCAGAAGUUCAGAAGCGACACCAUCAGUGAGGAGGAGCUGGUGGGGCUCAUGAACAAGUUCGUGGAAGAUACUCGAAACGGGGUGCACCAGAGGGAGGGCUGGCCCAACAGCACGUACGGCGUCACGAAAAUCGGCGUCACCGUCCUGUCCAGGAUCCACGCCAGGAACCUGAGUGCGCACAGGAGAGGGGACAAGAUCCUCCUGAAUGCCUGCUGCCCAGGGUGGGUGAGAACCGACCUGACUGGACCCCAAGCCCCCAAAAGCCCAGAAGAGGGUGCGGAGACCCCUGUGUUCCUGGCCCUUUUGCCCUCAGAUGCUGAGGGGCCUCACGGACAGUUUCUUUUGGAGAAAAAAGUUGAACAAUGGUGAGCUCCCCUCACAGCC